AAUAUAACUGUCAAAUUUGGCGCCAAACUUAUGUGAAAACAACAGUUUUUGAUUUUCAUUUUUCGUGCUUAGUGUAACAAAUAAGUUAUAAAUAAUUUGUUGUGUUGUGUUAAAUAAAAGGUCUUGUUAUAAUGUCUACUCCAUCUAAAAGACCUUCUUCACGUGCAUCUUCUGAAGCGCCUACACCAUCCCGGCGAACACGAUCAUCUCAGCAACUCAUUGUACCUGAAACUCCACAACGGUCUUCUGGUACACCAUCUAAAGAUGGGACACCAGGCACUCCCAGAAGAACCCCUCGUACUCCCAGCCAACAGGCACCAGGGACUUCUCCGGCACAAGCUCUUGCUUCCAGCCCUAUUGGAACCGACAUAGAUAUGAGUUCACCUCUUAACUAUGGAACACCAAGUUCCUUGAGCACCCCUCGCUCCCUCAUGAGAGGAGCUAUGACACCGGCCAGACAGAGGGCUGAUCUAAGAGGGCACCAGUUGGGUCCAAAUGUACCUGCUCCCACUCCUACUAGGAGAGCUGAAGCGGGUGAACCAGAAACAACAUCAAGUGAACCACAGUUAGUGGUGUGGGGAACAGAUGUGGCCAUUGCAGAGUGUAGGGAGAAGUUUAUAAAGUUCCUGCAGAGAUUUGUGGAGCCCACCGCACUUACUAAUGAACCAUUGUAUGAGUUAAAACUAGAAGAGAUACAUACUUUAGAGGAGCCUUUUUUGGAUGUAGACUGUGAACAUGUUAAAAUUUUUGACCCUAAACUUCAUAGACAAUUUGUCUGUUAUCCACAAGAGGUUAUUCCAGCAUUUGAUGCAGCAGUGAAUGAGCUAUUUUUUGAGAAGUAUCCUGCAGCAGUUUUAGAACAUCAGAUUCAAGUGCGACCAUAUAAUGCACCACAGAGGCACAUGAGAGAUUUGAACCCAGAAGAUAUAGACCAGCUAGUCACCCUAUCUGGUAUGGUGAUCAGAACAUCCACAAUAGUACCAGAGAUGCGGGAAGCAUACUUCAAGUGUGCGGUGUGUGGCAGUGCUGCAGUCGCUGAGUUGGAGCGAGGCAGAGUGCCAGAGCCAGCUCAUUGUUCUCACUGCAAUACGGCUCAUAGCUUCCAGUUGAUACAUAACCGCUCGCAUUUUAGUGAUAAACAGUUGGUUAAACUGCAAGAAGCUCCUGAUGACAUGCCGGCUGGUCGAACACCAGCUACAGUGAGCGUGAUGGCUCACGGCGCGCUAGUAGAAGGAGUCGGUGCGGGCGAGCGCGUGUUCGUCACCGGUGUGUUCCGCGCUGCGCCCGCGUCGGUCAACCCGCGCCGCGCCACGCUGCGCGCGCUGCACCGCACGCACGUGGACGCGCUGCACUACCGCAAGACGCACGCCGACCGGCUGCACGACAUGGAGGACGGAAAGGAGCACCAGUUCCCACCAGAACGCGUGGAAUUAUUCAAGACCCUGGCAUCACAACCGGAUUGCUACGAAAGACUGGCGAGGGCUAUCGCGCCGUCUAUUUAUGAAAACUUAGACAUUAAGAAAGGAGUUCUCCUGCAAUUGCUCGGUGGUACAAAGAAGAAUUUCAAUGCCGCUGGUCGGACACAUUUUAGAUCAGAGAUAAACAUCCUAUUAUGCGGCGACCCGGGCACCAGCAAGUCGCAGCUGCUCCGCUGGGUGCACGCGCUGGUGCCGCGCGCGCAGUACACGUCGGGGCGGGGCUCGUCCGCCGUCGGGCUCACCGCCUACGUCACCAAGGACCCCGACACGCGCCAGCUGAUCCUGCAGACAGGUGCAUUAGUGCUGGCCGAUAAUGGAAUAUGCUGCAUUGAUGAGUUUGACAAAAUGAACGAUUCCACAAGAAGUGUUCUUCAUGAGGUAAUGGAACAACAAACGCUAUCUAUAGCCAAAGCCGGUAUUAUCUGUCAGUUAAACGCAAGAACGUCCAUUUUAGCGGCCGCGAACCCGGCUGAGUCACAGUGGAAUAAGAAUAAAACUAUUGUGGAGAAUGUACAACUGCCGCAUACUUUGAUGUCCAGGUUCGAUCUAAUAUUCUUAGUGCUAGACCCACAAGACGAGGUGUUCGAUAGACGUCUAGCGUCACAUUUAGUGUCACUAUACUAUAAGGACCCAGCGGAGGUGCAGGAGGACGAUGAGGAUGUUGUUGGAAUGAGUCUUAUGAGGGACUACAUAGCAUUCUCUAAAGAACAUGUACAACCCGUUCUAAGUGAGGCGGCGCAACAGAGGCUUAUAGACGCUUAUGUUGAUAUGAGACGUGUAGGAAGCGGUCGUGGUCAAAUAUCAGCGUAUCCACGUCAAUUGGAGUCUCUGAUUCGUCUCGCGGAAGCUCACGCAAGAGUGAGAUUGUGUGGUACUGUGGAAGUGUCCGAUGUUGAUGAAGCUGCUCGUCUCCACCGCGAAGCCUUAAAGCAAUCAGCCACGGACCCAGCAUCAGGGCGUAUAGACGUGGGCAUCCUCACCACAGGGCUCGGAGCAGCAGCUCGACGCAGAAAGGCAGACCUAAUAGCUGCGUUACGGACUCUCAUACAACCGCACGCCAAGCCGCACACUACGACACACGCGAAGUUGCUGCAGGAAGUUAAUAGUAGUUCCCAGAUUACGGUGACACGAGAGCAACUCGACGAAGCGUUACGAGAUCUGCAAGAUGAAGGCAAAGUUGUUGUUGUUAGCCACACUCAUGUUAGAUUGUGUUAAUUUUAAGAAUAAUGUUGUCGCUAUUUUAAGUUUGAAUGAAUGUUGUAUUAUUGAAAUAAAUGUCAUUUUUAAGAAAAGCUCUUUAUUAAUAACAUCGCUCUUUGACUGUUACAAAUGUAAAAUUAAAUGGAAGUAUGAAAAACCGCCAUGUAAUAUAACUGUGAUUUUUUUAAUAAAUACUUUUAUACAAG